UUGCAGUGGUUGGGGAAACGGCGGACGCCGUCCCCCAUCCCUAAGGGACUCGAAAAUGUACACUCAGCGGUUUGGCAUCGUACAGCGGGAAGUUAAGGGCCCCACUCCCAAAGUGGUGAUCAUGAGAGCCAAGCCUCCUAAAGGCCAAGGGGCGGAGCAACAUCUGGAAAGAAUCCGACACAGCCAUCAGAAACAUCAUGUUAUUUUGGCUUCCACCAAGUCAAAUGAACGGGAUCGCUUGAAAGCUGAGUGGGACCAGCACAAUGACCGCAAGUUUGUAGACAGUCUUGUGAAAGCAAGAAUCAAGGAUGCCAUGCAAGGGUUUAUCAUCAACACUGAAGAAAGACGAAAUAAGUUACGUGAACUUUUAGCAUCAGAAGAAAAUGAGUAUUUUACUGAAAUGCAAUUGAAAGAAGAAACAAUUGAGGAGAAAAAAGAUAGAAUGAAAGAUAAAACCAGAUUAUUAAGAGAGAAGAAAGAGAAAGAGAGACAGGAUUUUGUGGCUGAAAAGAUAGACCAGCAAUUCAGGGAAUGCUGUGAAGAGCUCCGUGUUGAGUUGUUUUGUAUCCAUCAGAAGGCAGUGUGUGAAGAGCGGAAAGCUCAGAUAGCAUUUAAUGAGGAGCUGAAAAGACAGAAACUGGUGGAAGAGCAGAUGUUCUUAAAGCUCUGGGAGGAAGACCGACUGGCCAAGGAGAAGCGAGAAGUAGAAGAAGCAAGGAGACAGAAAGAACUGGUGGAGAAUACACGCCUGGGGCUGAAUGCUCAGAUCACCAGCAUCCAGGCACAAAGGCAGGCAGCACGGCAGCUGAAAGAGGAGGAGGCCUGCCUUGUGGAAAACAACAAAGCACAGGUGAAACUUGAGAAUGAACAGGAUAAGCUAAAGAAACAGAAGACAAAACAGGAAAUAAGGGCUGUUUUACAAAAAGCCCUCCAAGAGAAAAUGGAGCAAAUUCAGCAGGAAUACAGAGAAGAGGAGGACUUGAACAUGAAACUCACACAAAACGCCCUUCAAAACCUACAGGAAGAGGCUGAUAAAAAGAAGCAAAAAAGAGAAGAUAUGAUAAGAGAACAGAAGAUAUAUCAUCAAUAUUUGGCACAGCGGCAUGAGGAAGAAAAAGCUCAGGAGAAAGAAUUGGACAGAAUAUUAGAGAAAGAGAAGGAAAAGAAGUUUGCUGAGAAGGACAAGGAGCUGAGACUUCAAAAGGAGGCAAGAAAACAACUUGUGAAUGAGGUCAUGUGUACAAGAAAACUUCAAGUUCAAGAAAAGUUGCAACGAAAAGCAAAAGAACAGGAGGAACGUGCUAUGGAACAGGAACGCAUAAAUGAAGGUCUUAAAGAGCUUAACCGUGAAGAGCAGGAGAAUUUUGCAAGGCGCUCCAGUUUAGCCCAGGAAUACAGGAAGCAACUUCAGAUGCAAAUAUGCUCUCGGCAGCAGGCCCGGGAAGCAGAGAAAGAAGAGGAACGCCGAGAGUUUGAAGCGGGAAUAGCAGCAGAAAAGAAUUUCCAGGACAAAAUUGAGGAGAUCCUGUCCACCCAUCAAGUGCUACCCCGAAACAUUCACCCCAUGCGGAGGGCAUGCCCUAGUAAGCUUCCACCGUAGUUUCAUAAAUAUCAAUCUAUAUUUUUUCCAGUCUUUUAUUAUUUUACACUACUCAUAUGUCUCUUUUAACUCAUGGGUAAACUGUUCUUUUAUUCUCUGAGUUUACGUAAUUAUAUGCAUAAUUAUUACAUAAAUUAGACUUUGCUCUUUUUUUUUUAGAUUUUAUAGAUUGACAAAUCUGAAUGAUCUACUUCAGAUCACAUUGUUAUUUUACUGACUUAGCUCCAUGCCUCCCUUUCUUGUUCAUUUAUUAAUAGCUUCUCUUUCUUCCAUCCACCUGUCCAUAUGCCCAUUUCCUAUUGCCUCCCUUCUCUUCUCUCUCAUAGACCUGAUUCACAAUAUUAUCAGGACAUCUUUCAGGCAGAACUGGGACUAUUCAGCCAACUUUCAUUAACCUACUUAUUCAAUCAUUAAACAAAUAUUUACUGAGUGCCUGUCAUGUGCCAGCACUAUUUGGGAUCCUGAAACUUCAUCAAAUUUCCCUGGCUCUUAUGGAGAUUAUAUCCUAGUGGAAGAAAUCAGGUGAUAAGUGUUAAGUGCUAUAGGCAGGAAAUGGUAGGAGUGCUAUUUUAUUUAUAUGUAUGGUCAGAGGAGCUGAUAUUUGAAUGAACUAGCCAUGUGGUUAUCUGGGGGAAAAAUAUCCCAGGGAGAGGAAGGAGCCAGUGCAAGGGCCCUGGGGCAGAAGUCAGCUUAGUGCAUAUGAGGCAUAGCCAUUGUGCUAGAGUAGAGUGAGUGAGGAAAGAGUCGUAGAAGAUUCAUCAGAAAAGUGGUCGGGGACAAAUGGUGUAAGGCCUUGGAACUGUAAUAAAAGCCAGCUUUUACUUAGCAAUAGGAAGCUAUUACAGGGCUUUGAGCAGAGGAGCAAAAUGGUGUUAUGUUAGAGGGUUGCUGGCUCCCACGAAGAGAGACAGAAAUAGGGAUUCAGUUAAGAAGUGGUCACAAUAACCCACUCAAGUGAGGGGUGUUGGUAGUGUGAUAGCCAGCCUCCAAGAUGGCCCCUAAUGAUUCUCUCCUUCUGUGUUUAUGUCCUUGGGACCCCCUUCCACCCCGAAUCUUGAGAACUAUGUAAAAUAUGUGCAUUUACUCAUUUAAAAAAAAAAGGUAAAAAGAAAUCAACAUGCUCAUUUUUGCUUCUUUGUGUCCCCUCCUAGGCUUUGUUUAUAUGGAUACUCAUUUUUACAUUACGAACACACUGCUCACCUAUCAUAUUUACAAACGGCUUCAUAAUAGUCUACUGAGUUAGUGUACUAUAAUUUAUUAAACAUUAGACCUUGAAUUUGUUUCAAAAUUGUCACUAUUAUAAAUUAUUCUGUAACAACAAUAAUCAUUUGAAUUAUUUCCUUAGAAUCAAGUAGUUCCCUGGAGUGGGAUUUCUGGGUCAAAGGGAAUGAACAUUUAGGUACUUUCAAGCACCACAUUUGCAAAAACAGUUUUUAAGAGUUUGUAGACUUUUUUCGGGAAGUAUUUUCAAGGCCACUUGGUAUUCUCCCUGAAGAUUUAAAAUAUAUUUAAGCAAAUUGUCUGCUAGAAUGUCUGGGAGGUUCUUAUCUUCUUUUUUUCUUUUUUUUUUUCUUUAAACUUUCUACCCAUUCAUUCACUCUUGGCCCCAAACAAAACAAAACAAAUACUAUCCUUUAAGUUUUGUUGAAAAUCAACUGACCAUUAUGUAAAUGUUUAUUUCCAGACACACUACCCUGUUCCAUUAAUUCGUUUAUCCUUACAAUAACACAACACUGUAGUGACUAUUCUGUAGCCUUUUAAGUCUUGAAAUUGGUGAUGUAAGACAUCCAACAUUGUUCUCUCUCUCUCUUUUUUCCCCAAAUCAUUUUGUCUAUUCUAGGACCUUUAAAUUCUCAUGUAAUUAUUAGGAUCGACUUUUAAAUUUAUACAAAAAUUCCUACUAGGAUUUUGAUAGAGAUUGCAUUGAAUCUAUAGAUGAAUUUGAGGAGAGCUGCCAUCUUAGCAAUAAUGAGCUUUCCAAUUCAUGAAGGCCUCCCCAUUCACUUAGGUGAUUUUUUUUUUUUGCUUUUUUUUUUUUUAAAGAGCCACACCUGUAACAUAUGGAAAUUCUCAGACUACAGCCACAGCCACAGCCACACCAGAUCCUUAACCCCCUGAGUGAGGCCAGGGAUCGAAUCAUGGAUACUAGUUGGGUUUGUUAAAGCUGAGCUACAGCAGAAAUACUCAUCUUAACUUUAGCAGUGUUUUAUAGUUUUCAUUCUGCAGGACUUUUGCUUCUUUUGUUAAACUUAUUUCUAAGUAUGUCUUUUUGAGGCCAUUGUGAAUGGAAUUGUUUUCUUAAUUUCAUUUUUGGACUAUUUGUUGUUAAUGUGUAACAGUAUAAUUGACUUUAGUAUAUUGAGCGUGUAUCUUGUAUCCUGUGACCUUGCUAAACUCAGUUCUAGAAAGUUUUUGUUGCUGUUGUUUUUUAGAUUCUUUAGAAUUUUUUACAUUCAGGAUUGUGUCACUUGCAAAUAAAGACAGUUUUAUUUAUUUA